AUGGUGUGCAGGACUCCCAGGCCAGUGGAGGAAGAUCCUAGGGUAAAGUGUAAGAACUGCAGAGCCUUUGGGUACAAAGCAUCAAGCAGCUGGUGCACCAUGAGACACUGGGAUGGGCCCUGGGCCCCCCAGGCCAGGGACUCCAGGAAGCUGAGGGAGAAUCUGGAACCAAGGAGAAUGUGGAAGACAGGCAAUGCAGCUCCUUCUACUUCCCAAGUUUUGUCGUGCAGGCAAGAAGGUCAGCAGAGGAAGCAUCCGCACAGGCCGAUUCCCGUGUACACCACCAAGAGGGUGUCCGUGCUGGAGCCGCAGGUCCCGGCUGAGCCUCCUAGCGGGACGCCUGACACGACACAGCUGUCCCCGUUGGCUGCUCCUCUCGGGAGACUUGUGGCGAGCACCUUCCCACCUGCUGGCCAACAGGAAGGAAGUGGGGACCCCUUGCCGAAGCAAGUGGGGACACCUGCCCCACCUGCCCUGCCUGCCCUGGCACACCAACGCUCUGCCCGGAAUCCUGGCCUCGGUGUCCAGCUGAGACAACACCGGCCCCGAUGUGCCUCCCUUGAAGGUCUCCAGACUGUUUCCAGGGCGCAGGGCACUGGCCAUGCCCAGGCACCAGCCAAGCAUCCUGAGAGUCUGUGUCAUCCUGAAAGGAGAAGUGCAUGUGGUCUCAAGGGGGCAGCCCACGUGCUCAGGAAGACACCUGCCUUGGUGCAAAGCAUGAGCCUCCAGCCUCCCCGCCCCCAACAUCACUUGGACACUCUCCAGGUGUGCACCGUGGCCCCGUGUCUGCCCUGUCCACAGACACCCAGCCAGCCCAUGGGAAUGGUCUUCAGCCACCUGGAUGAAGGCAGCUGGAGCUCCAGGUUCAUAGCAGCUCCCUGUCUGGCACCUCCCAAGACGCCAGCCCCCACUGGUCAGGUCCCUCCCGUCACACAGUCUGAAGGAGGCUGUGUGUGCAUCCCAUUGAGUGUCCUCUUUGAUCACCUGCAGCUUUCAUCAUCCUCAGAUGAGUGCGAUUGGCAGUGA